ACUGCCACCAAAGGAAAAUGGCGUACGAAGAAGAAUUGCGGAAGAAUUAAUGAAUUAAUGUAAAUGACGUAACCAAGAAGGCAGUGAAAGAAUUCUUGUUGUUGACAGCUGAUUCCCUUCACCUAUGUAAUACACAGUUAUUGCGAUGGGUAUAAUUUGGGCAAGUUUUAACGCAUAAUGUGCGCCUUGCACUUUUGUCCUCCUUCAUUUUGAUGUGUAUUGAUCCAUAUUCCGUCUAAAUGGAAAGAUGGAUGGAUCUGAAAGCCGAGCAAUGAGUCCCCUUAAAACGCAUGAUGAUGAACUUCAUGAGAAAAAAUCUGAUGUUUCUGAGGAGUCUACUUUGAAACCUCUUAAAAAGGCUCAUUAUGUUUGGCAAAUUAAAGGCAAUUAUCACCUCAAAAAUUCAAAUCACAGCUCACAAGCAAGAGAGAGUUCAUUUUCGGGAGCCAGUUCGUCGUCACUUCAAGAAGUGAUCAAUGGUGGCAGUGAAACUGAUGUCAAUGAGCCCACCAUGGAAGUUGAGCGGGUUCCACACGUUUGUGAGCAUCACUCUUCCCAAUCUGGAGGAGACAAUCCAUUGUUAAAAUCAAGUGAGGAAUUCACUCCACUUUCACCUUUACAUAUGGGUGCCAGCUCUGUAAGCUGUGUUGUCUGUGAUACAUUCAACGAAAAUGUUAAAAAAGCCUCGUUACAUAUUGAUGAAGAUCGGUCGAGAACACCUCCAUUGCCUACUUCUCAUCCAGACUUGAAUGUUCGAAAAUGGCAAACUAGACAAAUUGCCAAAGCCUUUAUGGAAAAUACAAUCAAUAGUGUUUUGGAAGAGAUGGGAUUUACUCCAGUACCAGAGUCUGCUCCCGAUUCUGAUCCAGAUGAUGUUUUGGGCUCAAUCAAUUUUCCUCGAGUGGAUACCAGUGAAGAGGAAGAGGAAGAUGAAAGUGUUGAAAAUGAGGGAAUAUUGUCGGCCAUUCAGAGACAUGGCCUUCACAGGCAUACACUGCAAUCGUUGCCUGAAGCAGGGUCUCACUUUAGUUAUAGUUCUAGUUCUCCCUCCAGAUGUUUUUCAUCUCCACCAAGACUUUGGGAACCAAAGCAUCUAAUCUACCGACCUACAUUUCUAGACGAGUCACCGUCCAGUCCAGAAUCUUUGUCAGUAGGCUCUGACUUUGGAGUGUCAGCCGAAGAACAGACAUUGUCUCCAGCAGAUAUAGAGGAAGAUGCUGACUCUACAAGUAGCAGCAAUUGUGAAGAUGAUGCUGAUGAAAUGCAGUACAACUAUGCUCCCCCUUCUUCCUGCAGGUGUGCUUUCUUGAGUCUUAGUAAGAGUAAGGAAGCUGGACCAUCAUCAGCAGACUCCAACACCUGCACAAGGUCCACCAGUCCUGAUGGGAAGGAGUCAAGUCAAACUGAAAGGCCUGAUGAGAUACCUAUAAUUUCCAAGAAAUGCUCCUCAAGAUUAGAAGAGUCUGAUGAUGACGUUUCCAAGAAACGACAAGGGAAGAGUAUUGUCUCAUCGUGCAUUUCAAAAAGGAGUCGUGUUGAGCCCAAUGAAUAUUCUAUCUGUAGUUCUUCCACUCCAUCACAGUCAUCCCAUUCAAGAACAUCACCAGGACUUAAUGCCGAUGCAGUGGCUAUUUCUUCCCUUCCUAAUGAAGAAAACCCACCAACAUUUGGUCACUUUGAUUUUAUGGACGCUGCUGUCGCAGCAGCCAUUCAGAAAAAAGGCCUGAGUGCAUUAACUUGUCAAGAUCUAUGACAAGAGCUCUGGCAAAGCUGAUCUUAAUUGUGAAAUGAAAUUCUGGAUGAUAUGUUUACUUAUCCAUAUCAGAGUUAUACUUUAUGGAGAAAUGUUGUGGGAUUCAUUACUUUAUUAUUGUGUUCAUUUUCUCAAUGCAGGCUUCAAAGCCAAAGCUCAUGAUAUAUUGAUACAUGUAUUCACUUUUUAAAGUCUAAGUUUCUGCCCAUUAAUCAGAAAAAUAGGGUACCCGUAUCAGGAAGAUGUAAAAUAGAGUCUUGUUUUGUCUAAAUUACACCUAAUUUUUAAAUGAUUUACUCACAUUUGGUUUGAGUUUGACUGAAACCAUCUCUUGCAGUGUGGUUACUAGUAAAUCAUCCUAAUUAAGUGGAGUAAUUGAUUCAUUUGUAAGGUGUCCUUGUGUUCAGGUAACAAUUUUUAACUUGUGCUCUGUGCACCGUUUGUGAAAUUGCCCCCUCCCUCCCUUUUUUUUUUGAUGUGUCUUAAACAUUCAUUGCUCAUUUUACAUUAAAAAAUUUGUGAAGAUAAUAACAAUAAUUUUAAAAGGAUUGUGCCCAUUAUUCAACUUUAGCACUACACUGUAAUCCCCAUCUAUUUUAUAAGACAUUGAAGACUAACAAACAGUUCAUAGUGUCAAUAUUUGGGAAGAUUUUGAACAUUUGUUUUGAAUGUGGUUCAUAAAAUGUUGAGUUAGUGGACCAUAAUGUAUGUAUACUUGGUGAUACGAAAGCCAUAUUCUUUUUAUAGCUUAUGUUUUAUAUGAUAUGAAUUUUUAUGACUUUUCAAAAGAAUUCAUUGUACAGCAAAUUAUUCUGAUCAUGCCUCAUUGAUUUUUGUUUGUUCAUACCCUUUUCAUUCUACAUGUCUGACGUGCCAUUGAAACUAAGGAGAUUGUGAUAUUCUUUAGUUAAUUUGUAUUUCCUGCAUGUAUGAAAGGAUAGAACUCUGAAAAGUCAUGUCUAGAGAAUUGUCUAUCCCCAAUAUCAAGGAUGACCUCACGUCAUAUUCACCAGAAACUUGUUUAAUUGGCCUCACCCCACUUUUAAAAAUAGGUAAAUUCAGAUUGAUUGACAGGCAGGAAAUUGUUGCACUCAGAGUCACUUUUUAAUCUUGAGUAGUAAUGUAUGUAGUUAUAUGCUGGCGGGAUAUCAUGUACUUAUCUCUCCCACUAGGUAUAUGGUAUGACGAUUGCUUGGUUUGCCACCUGUUUAAAAAUUGUUCACAUUAGUAAGUGCUUUUAUCUAUAACUUUCAUUGCCUACCAGUCUGAUCUGCACAAUCAUUAAGUUUGUCUUCCUGUUAAGUGUGUCUAAUUGAUGUUCAAAAUUGAGUAAGUUCAUUUGUUUGACCUUGACCACUUCUUAUUUCUCUUCUUAAACUGGUUUGCCACCUGUGUGUUAAUGUUGAAGUCCAAUUAAUUUUUUAAAUUUAUUUUAUGUUGAGUGAGGAAGGAAGGAAGCGCAUUAUGUAACAGGACUGAGAAACCAAGGUUCAGUACAUAAGGUUUGGUUUUUA